GGCCCCUACAUACGCUAUGGCGACUUUUUUUUUCCUGGCACCAUGCUUACGAGACAUGUACACUCGAGCCCACAAAAAGGACAGAGCCAUUCUCUUUAUAAGCCAUUGACCCCCAGCCUUUGUUCGUUGCCCAUCCGUAUCUUUUCUUCGUACCUUUUACCUCCGUUACUCUUCCACACAUAACCAUGCCUCCCCAAGUCCCAAGGAACCUCCUGCGAGCAGCCCGCGCUCGGGCUGUCUUCCAGUCCACCAGGCCCUGCCACCGUGCCUCUCCCAUCAGAUUCCAGUCCACCGAGGCUGUUCGGCAAACCCCCUCAGAGGGCAAGCCCAUCUACAACGCCCCACCCCGCGAGUUUACUCACCGCAAAGAGGAGAAGAUUCCUUCCUCCGCUUCGACACAAGCUCGUCGCGCGGUAGCAUCCCCCCUCAAGCUCAACACCCAGAACCUUGCACAGCUCCAGAAUGUCUCCGUUCCCACCUACAACCGACAAGGUGUCAAGCAGGGAAUCGUCCACGUUGGUGUUGGCGGUUUCCACCGAGCCCAUCUUGCUGCUUACGUCGACACGCUCCUUGAGCAAUUCAACGUACAGGACUGGUCCAUCUGCGGUGUUGACCUCCAACCAUUCGCUGCUCCAAUGCGCGAUGCCCUGAAGCCCCAGGACAACCUCUACACCAUCAUUGAGCGCGCCGCCGAGGGCAGCAGCGCCCGUGUUUGCGGUGCCAUCACCGACUACAUGUUUGCUCCUGACAACGCCGAGGCUGUUGUUGCCAAGAUGGCCCACCCCGACACUCACAUUGUUUCCAUGACCGUCACAGAGAGCGGCUACUACAUGAAUGAGAACACCCACGAGCUCCAGACCGACCACCCCGAUGUUGCCGCCGACUUGGCCGGUGGACAGCCACCCCGCACCGUCUUUGGUUACCUCUACGCUGCCAUGGCUCGCCGCCACGCCGCCGGCCUCCGACCUUUCACCGUUCUUUCUUGCGAUAACAUGCAGAAGAACGGUGACAUCAGCCGUGACAUGCUUGUCUCGUUUGCCCGUCACUUCAACCCCGAGGUUGCCGAGUGGAUCGCCAGCAACGGCGCUUUCCCCAACUCCAUGGUCGACCGUAUCACUCCCCGCACCAACGAGGAGGACAAGGUCAGCCUUGCUCAGCAGUUCGGUGUUGAGGAUGCCUGGCCAGUCGUCACUGAGCCCUUCCACCAGUGGGUGCUCGAGGACAAGUUUGUUGACGGCCGCCCUCCCUUUGAGAAGGCCGGUGUCCAGAUCGUUCCCGACGUCCACAAGGUCGAGGAGUACGAGAUGAUCAAGCUCCGUCUGCUCAACGGAUCUCACUCUGCUAUGGGCUACGCCGGUCAGCUCGCUGGCUUCAACUACAUCCACGAGGUCAUUGGCCACCCCGUGUACCGCCAGUUCAUCAUUAACAUGAUGCAACAGGAGGUUAAGCCUCUUCUCCCCCAGAUCCCUGGUGUCAGCGUUGACGACUACUGCAACACCCUCCUCGGUCGUUUCUCCAACCCCACUCUCAAGGACGAGCUUCCCCGUAUCUGCCUCGGUGGCAGCGGCAAGAUCCCCCAGUUCAUCAUGCCCAGCAUUGCUGAGCAGAUUGUCGCUGGUGGUCCCCUCCGCCGCCUUACCCUUGUAGCCGCCGCCUGGUUCCGCUACAACAACGGUGUCGAUGAUGCCGGCAAGGCCUUCAAGGUCGACGACCCCAUGGUCGAGGAGCUCCAGGCCCACGCUGCACAGGGCCCCAUGGCUCAGCUCAACAUCAAGAGCUUGUUCGGUGACGAUCUCCGCAACGACAAGCGCUUCGUUGCCGAGCUCCAGACUGCUCUCGAGGGUCUCGAGAAGCACGGCGCCAUGGCCAUGAUUGAGAAGUACGCUUAAGUGCAAAUGAUUUUAGAAGGAAAGAAAGAGAUACCCAUCAUCGUCACGACACUUUUUUAUUCUUUUUUACUUAGAAUCCAGGGAUCACCAAUGGGAUUGGGAAAGGGAAAUGGAAAGGGAAAUGGCGGUACUACUUGCAAGGAGUCCAAACACAACAUGCGAAAAGCGGUGUGUUGUGUGUUUUCGUUAUCAACAUCACUUGGGGCGUUUGUUCGUUUUUCUCGUCGAAACCAAAAAAGAAAGUUAGAGCGUUUUUUUGUCCGACAUUGCAUCUACUUUAUCAUCUAGCAAGCGAUCUUGUUUUUCUCGAGCAUUUCUCCCUUUCAAGCACAUCCGACAUAGAAGACUUUUAAUUCAAGAAGAUGCAACU